CUUUUUUUGGCCUCGCAAUGAAGAGAGAUGUGUCUCAAUACAUUAGGGCGAGGAAGAGCCAGGCCUCAUCUCCUUAUGAAAAAAGGAAUCUUUUGCACAAAUUUCUCUUGAGACAUGCUGAACAGAGAGACAACACGGUCUCUGAUCUGAGGAGGUGAAUCCCCUGAAAGCUGAGAGCCUCAAGUUGAACUGGAUCUGACCUGAUGGAGUGUAAGAACACUAAAAUGACUGUACACACUUCAAUGAAGAUGUGCCUCCUCCUCUGCUUCCUCUGCGUUUUGUUGCUGUACCUUUUCAAUGAAUGGUCCAAAACCUUAAGAGUGAAUCCUUCGGCCUUCAGCAGCAGCAGAAAUGUGACCAUCCUACUGUGGCACCAUCCCUUCAAAACCCACGUGAACCUGAAGGGCGACGUGUGCUGGAAUCUGUACCGCAUCCCUCACUGUCGCCUGGUGGACCAGCGCUCCAUGUUCUCCUCAGCCGAUGUGGUUGUCUUCCACAACUGGGAGCUGAUAUAUAACAGUCAGAAGCUCCCCACCGACCGGCCUCGACCACGGGGCCAGAGGUGGGCCUGGAUGUCAUUCGAGUCCCCGGCUCACAAUGGAAACUUGAGUCAGUUUGCAAACAUCUUCAACAUGACCAUAUCCUACAGGAGGGACGCAGAUAUCACUGUUCCCUAUGGAGAGCUGCUACCUAAGGAGGAUAAAAAACUUCUGGGAGAAGACAACCUUCAGAAAAAGACUUCGCUGGUCUGCUGGGUGGUCAGCAACUACAGGCCUCACUACAAAAGAAGCCAAGUGUACACAGAGCUCAACGCCAUCAUUCCUGUGAAGGUCUACGGGCGUUGGACAAAGACGCCCCUCAGCUCUUCAGCCCUCCUACCUACAAUUUCUCGCUGCUACUUUUAUCUGGCUUUUGAGAAUUCACUCUUCAAAGAUUAUAUCACAGAGAAGCUGUGGAGGAAUGCCUACCGAGGCGGAGCCGUGCCCGUCGUCCUGGGAGCACCGUUAAAUGACUACAAAGCCGUGGCUCCACCUCAUUCCUUCAUCCAUGUCGACGAGUUUGCAUCAGUGAGAGGAAUGGCAAAGUAUCUACAAGAGCUGGCAGAGGACAAGAAACGCUACGCUGAAUAUCUGGCGUGGAAAAAACAUUGGAAAGUGAAAAUGGGCACAGACUGGAGGGAGAGACUGUGUAAGAUCUGCCCACAGUUUAACAGUUUACCUCAGCACAAGGUUUACUCAGACCUGCAGGCCUGGGACAGCGCCGAAAACACUUCAGCUUGAAUGUUUCCGGUUGAUGGUGACGGAUACAAAGACAUGUUUCUCCAGUACAUACAUACAAAAAAAAGGGGGGGGGAGGACAUAGUAAAAUAUAUAUAAUGAGGGUUUAGGGGUCUACAGCAGGAUAUCUAACACUCCAGUGCAGAGACAAGAUUUAAAUACACAAGAGAAAGGAGCAUUAAUAUAUGAACAGGAGGAACCUUUUAGGAAUCUCUUCAGUUGUAUCUUAUCAUGGAUAUGGCAUCCCUAGUCAGCCAUAAGGAUGGAAUUAUGAAAGGAGUGGCAGCAGAAUGAGAGAGCAUGGUAUGAUAUUAUAACCUGUGAUUUAUAAUGCAAUACGCUAUGACCUAAUGAAUGUGUGAAUUCACCAAAUGCCUAUAUUAUUACUUUUUAUCUUCCUUAAUUUUGAAACAGUGUAGAAAUCAAAAGAGUGCCUCAUUCAGAAGAAUGAUGGGUUGAUUAUUUUGAAGAAUGUCUUUUUAUCUUCCUUAAUUUUGAAACAGUGUAGAAAUCAAAAGAGUGCCUCAUUCAGAAGAAUGAUGGGUUGAUUAUUUUGGAAAAAUGUUUUUUUUAUCUUCUUUAAUUCCUUAGACAUUUUUAUAAGUUGGGUGUUUCUUUAAAUAUAUCCUUUUUACAUUCUUUGAUGUUGAAUAAUGAAUACUGGUCUGAUAGGAAUCAGAAGGAGAGGAGUGAUUGUGUUUUUCAGGAAGUGACCACUUGAGAGCAGCACCUCACUGGGAGCAGUGAGGGUCUUGAGUUACAGGAAGGGUCAGAAGGUGGUUAGGGUUUGCUAUUACUAUAUAAAUGAGGAUGCUUUUAAGGUUUUGAUUACUGUGAAAUAGAGAUGUUUACAGAAGAGUUUGAUCAUCCUGGGAAGAUAGGGGAUUACUACACUAGUAAUUAGAAGAGCUAAGAUAGGUUAGUAUUAGAUUUUGCCCUUAGAGGAUCAUUAGCUCUGUAAAUGUUUUUGGGGAAUUUUUCGUAAGUCUGUGUGCACUGAGCAGAAAUGUGCGGUGUAUGUGUCAGCAAAUCUUAGACGCUGACAUCCGCUUCUUCCAGUUCCUGACCGGAGGCCUGAGUGAUGAAUGGAACAAACAAAUAUUAAUAGAAAAUUGAAGUCUGGGUGAAGGAGCAAACUGGGGGGGUUUGGUUCCUCUAGGAGCAGGGGUCGGCAACCUUUAACACUUAAAGAGCCAUUUCGACCAGUUUCCCACAGAAAAGAAAACACUGGGAGCCGCAAAAUCAUUUUGGCAUUUAAAAUGAAGACAAUACUGCAUAUAUCGCUUUUUUACCUAUACCUUUGUUAAUCAGUCAUGAUUAAUUAAUUACAAAGCCUCUAAUUAGAUAGAUUCAUUUUUUAAAUUGUGUCCUACCACUAAUAUUUAUCUUACCUGGUUAAUGUCAUUUUUGCUCCUGGACCUCAUAUGUUACGUAAUGUUAGCUGGAAAUCAAUAUUUUGCGAAUGUCUAUUUAACUUGUAAAAUCUAUCUAUCUUAAACUAAUAACUUUUCUCCAGUAAGUCUCUGCUCUAUAGACCUUUUCGCAAUGACGUCAGAGUCUGGGACACGUGACCAUACCUUCCUUAGCAACGCACACCGCCAUUAAAAGAGGGGGCAACAAAGUCAUUAGCAACCGUGAUUUGACCGCCGAAACCACGCGGUUUUGACCCGGAGAAAAACGUCUGGUGAUUAUUUCGGAAAUCUUGAGCCAAAAGCCAAGCUACGGUAUAAAGAAAAAAUAGAACUGGUUGGUUUGCAGUCAUGUCCGUACCAAAUUGCACUGGGAUCAACAGCCCAGGCAUCCACACAAUGGAGAAGAUGAAGACUUAUAAAAGCCUGGACUCAUACGUUUUCUUUGAGGUAUGCUUACAUUUAUAUGUUUUUGUGCAUACAGGUCAAUGUCAGAAUGAUAAAUGCCUUGUAAGAUACGGUUACACCAGCUCCGCUAUGCUAAGCUAAUGUUAAGCUAACGGGGUGAGCCAUUACACCUUUUAAUUUCAAGUGGAAGUAGUGUAUGUAUAUUAGUUAGAUGUGCAUUAUCAAAACUAAGAGUCAGAUACCUGUAAAUGAGCUCUACCCACCCUAGGCCCAAGAGUAUGAGGUGCUAACAAUAAUGAGGACAAUGCUGCUGAUUACAGCAUAGUAGUUAGCAGAACGAAAGGGAGGAGAGAAGGGAGACUUGUUUGUUCAGUAUUGAGUUUAGGAGUGUUUAAAAAUAGCAGUGUGAGUAGAAAGACCCCUGACUUUUUGUGGGAAGCACAGCUAGCACUAGCCUAAGCUAAGUAGCUAGCCCUAAACAUUUCAGAUAAUUAUAGACAUCAUAAGCUGCAGUCAAUUCCAGCCAUUUUCAGUCCAAAAAAUCGCUAAUAUUCUAUUUGUAAAUAAAAAUAUGACGAGAAAUACAGGGAAUAUUGGACGUGCAACGCGAGGUGCAUUUCCUUGAAAACAACCUAUUCGUGGAGUAUAUACCGACUUCAAGACAUGUUUUGGACAAAAUAUGUUACUGGCUUGUUUCGUCUGGAUGUCCAAGGUUGGAUUAUGGCCGUUUUUUGUGGAAUAUUUUCAUCUGUGUGUAAUAAUGAAUCCGGAAAUGUGAGUCGCGCUGUGUACGUUGAAGCCGUGUAUAGAGAACGGAUGGAUGGAUAUUCGUUGUUUGUCGGACAAAUGUGGUUAUAUUACCUGCUGUGCUAAUCACAUCUGAAAGUGGUUUAUACCGGCGGAUUCAUGAGAAUCUAAGCUUUCCAUCGGCGUGUAGUGUUUGUAUAAUCGCGUUUGCAGUUUCAGACAUUUAGCAAAUUGCUUAUGCAGAUCUCAAAGUGUACCACGGGCGGGACACUGAAGCGCAACUGAAGUGCAACGGGUUAAGCUUAUUAACCCUUUAAGCUGCAGUCAAUUCCAGCCGUUUUCAGUACAAAAAAUCGCUAACAUUCUAUUUUUAAAUAAAAAAAUUACGAAAAAUAAGGGGAAUAUUGGACGCACAUCGCGAGGUGCAUUUCCUUGAAAACGACCGAUUCGUGGAUUUUAUACCGACUUCAGGACAUGUUUUGGACAAAAUAGUUUACUGGCUUGUGUUGUCUGGAUGUAAAAGGUUGGAUUAUGGCCGUUUUUUGUGGAAUCUUUUUUUCUGUGUGUAAUAAUGAUCCCGGAAAUGUGAGUCACACUGUGUGCGUUGAAGCCGUGUAUAGAGAACGGAUGGAUGAAUAUUCGUUUUUGUCGGACAAAUGUGUUUUUCUCACGCGCUGUGGUAAUCGCAUCUGAAAGUGGUUUAUACUGGCGGAUUCAUGAGAAUCUAAGCUUUCCAUCGGCGUAUAGUGUUUGUAUAAUCGCGUUUGCAGCCGUCGGACAUUCUUGAAAUUCCUAUGCAAAUUAGUAAGUGUACCGCCGGCGGUACACCUACUAUGCACUGAAGCGCAAAGGGUUAAUUAAUAAUUUCAGAAAAUCAGUUAAGGGAUAAUAAUUUCAUGAAACACAACAUACCAUUGACGAAAUGCUGACUGCAAACAUAGGACCAUUUUGACUGUGGGCUCCAUGUGGUUCCAUCAUUGUUAAUCCGCCUCAAUGCUUUGAGCCAUAAAGUCCUUUUCUGGCCCUUUCCAGUCGUAAUUCUGUAAAAGGAAAUGUUCUUGUUGCUCCAUGAGUGAGAACUACAGCCAAAAACAGCGCAGGUUUUGGGCAUAUCUGCUUUUGGUCGUUAAAAUCGGGUGGGAAAAGUGGGAAAGUACUGGUCGUCAAGGCAAAAGCAUACCCCUCUUAAAGUGGCGGAAUCGCGUUGCUUGGGGCGGUGACCGGCGGUGACGUUCGAUGAUGACGUUUCGGAAAAAGGUCUAUUUUCCGAGACGACACUCCUCUGACUCUCUGACCUGCUGCCUGGACAUCGACCGGUGUUCUUGCGAGUAACGUGUAUUACCCUGUCAUGAGUACUUUUGACUCAAAGACAAGACGUGUCUUUCUUGGAGUGGAGCUCUAAUAUACAGGCUUGCCAUUCUUGAGUACAAAACGAUGUGAAACUACCGGCGUUGCUUCUCUAUCUUCUCUGCAUAAACUGCGCUCUCAUGUCCCAGCCAGGGGAAAACCCCAGCAGCACAUCUGGUGGAGUGACACGUCAAAAUAAGAGCGGUAAUUUCACAAUAAAACUCUCUAUAUUAAAAUGCAUUGAAACGCGCCUGAAAGGCAGAACAAUUUAUUUUCCAAAGUUACAAGGAGCCACAACAGAGGGCUGAAAGAGCCGCAUGCGACUCCGGAGCCGCGGGUUGCCAACCCCUGCCCUAACUGUACCCCUCAGCCCCCCUCCUUCUCCUUGCCCUCUGACUGCUAACCUGGCAAUAGCCAGAUUAAUAAUUGUGUAGUACUUGGUAGUACUCCACAAUAUCAAUCUGGGACCGCUCCAUGUAAAUCCGUUCGGAGGAAAGAGGCACGGAUUGGACAAUGCAACAGUAUGUCCCGCCUCUGACAGGUUUGUUUUUAGCCAAUCGCGGGAUCUUCACUACGAGCGGAGCCAAUUGGUAGAUUAAACUCUUACCAAAACCCGUAGGUAAAAAAGCACAAACAUCUUUACCAUCCAGAAAUGUGCAAAGCGCCUCUCGUUGUUCUUCCUUCAAAGAAGCGAUACGAGAUUCGGCUAAAACUGACUUAAUAGCAGCAUCUACACGAUUGUUGUCCUCCGUUGCCAUGUUUGUUUUGAUCUACUGGCGCUUGGUGUCGUCUUCACACCCGGAUAUCCCGCCCCACACACGAAUACUGCUGCGUGAUUGGCCCGUGCCAACUUGGCUCUGUCCGAACAGUGAAAGCGGGAGCGGUACAAGAUGCUUUCUUGAGAGAUUUGUGAACUCACAAAUAUCGCGAGAAAUCAACUUGCUGGCAAGGUUAUCUGACUGCAGCUGACACCUGCAAUCUCCUCUCCUCUCUCUCCCUCACAGAGCAGUACGUCUGUCAGUGGCUUUGACUGCAGAUCUCUCUGCUCUGCCAGACACAGAAGACACAAGAUGCACAGAAAAUGUACACUUUGCUUCAGAUGUAAUAAGAAUAAAAAAGAAUGAACAUGUUCUAGCAAUGGAGUAAACCAGGACUCCAGAUUCUCCCCAUGGUCCUAAAGCCCGUUGCUAUUGUUUUUGCCAUUGCAGAGACUGUGGUGAACAGAAAAAGUCUUUUGGAGUGGAACAAAUGAAUUUAUGUAAAAUUUUAUUGUGACUCCUGAUGAUUUUGUAAAUAGUUGUGCAAAAGCGCCUAAAAUUUUCUGUAUUUUGAUGCAAAUAAUGGUGUAUAACUGUGUUGAUUGCUAAAUUUGCAAAUUAUUUUAUUAUAUAGACACUUCAUACUUGCAUUCUAAGUUCCGAAAAGGGUUCGUUACACAUGUUUAUGGUAGUUCACAGUAAAAAAUCUAACUUUU